AUGAAUAAAGCAGAUGCAUAUGGAUUUAGAUAAUAUUAAGUUGAUAUUGUACCAGGAAAUGAAUUAAGAGUUGUGAAUAUAGAUGAAAUAAAUGUUGAAGCUUAUUGUGGCAUUAUUAAUAUAUAUAUUAAAUUAACAAUGCCCAUUGUGAUAGUGCAUCAGAUGUAGGAUGGGUAAGAAUACUUAAAACAUAACAAUUAUAGAUGUGUGAGACUUUAUUUUGUUGCAGGAGUAAAGAUUAUUGAAGUAGAAAAAUUCAGAUGGAGAAAUGAUUAAUUCAUUGGUUAAAUUAUGGUCAAUAUCUAGGAAUUAAUUAGUAGAAGAAGGUAGUAAAAUAUUCUAAUUUACUAUAAUUAUGAUAUAUAUAUAAUGUAUCAUUAUAUAUAUCAUAACUAUAGUAAAGUAAAGCUGAAUAGAUUAAGUCAAAUUAAAAUAUUAAUGUUAUCGAGAAUUGCGAUAUUUUUUACUAAGAUUAAGUCCUUUGUGAUAUAUGCUUAAAUGGUUAUUCCUUAAGUGAAUCAUCAUAAUGUGAUACUUAUAAUAUAUGUAGCAAAAUGUUUAGAUGGCUAUUUUCUGUAUAAUUAGAAAUGUGAGCCAUGCAAUGAAAAUGAAAACUCUUUAAAUAAUUGUAAUUCAUAUUUCAGUACAACAAUAUAUUAGAGUUGUGUAUUGUUAAAGUGAAUGAUAAUACUUUAUUUUUUCUCGGUAUUUUGAAAUACAUGAAAUUAAGAAUUCAUUCAGGGAUAAACAUAAUUAAAACAUUCUCUACUAUCAUCUGUUAUCUAAUUUACAAUUAGAUAUUAAUUUUUAAGGUAAUUGUAAUUCAGGGUACUUUUGGAAUAAAAUCAGCUGUUCUUAAUUCUAUUAAUCUUGCUUAACUUGCAUAGGUAAUUAAAUUAAUUAUUUGAGUUGUGAUUCAAGACUAAAUCGAAUUUUAAACAAUAACAAAUGUUGGUGUGCUUAAAAUUAUAAUGAAAGUGAAGAUGGAAUUUGUCUUACAUAUUUAGAUUAAUUAGGCAAAUAUUAAGAAAGCUGCAAAUAUUAAGAUUGCAAAGAUUUAAUUUGGACAUACGAAGAAUGUGAUGAUGGAAAUGAUGUAAAUAGGGAUGGUUGUUCUGAUUGUAAGAUUGUGCAUACUAUUCAAGAAAAUUAGUUCAACUACUUGUACUAAAUAUUAACUGAAUCCUUAGACAAAUAAAUCUUUGUGUAUUUAGAUUGCUCCAUCUCUUGA